AUCAUGAUUUCCAAGCCCCGCAUCCUUUUCCUCAAUCCAGUCCGCCAUGCACAUCCUGUAUACAAAAACUUAUCUUCAGUAACCCAACCAGAACUCCUCAGCAGCAAGAGCAGGGCAGAGCUCUUCCAAGACUUCAAAGGAAAAUAUAAUAAUAUAACAGCUAUCUACAGCACCUCUUCUAGCUACGCACUGGCGGGAAAAUUUGACAAAGAGCUAAUCCAGCAUCUUCCACCAUCCCUGAAAUUCAUCUGCCAUAACGGCGCUGGAUACGACAACAUAGACAUCGAAGCUUGCACAGCCCGCGGCAUCAAAGUAACAAAUGCCCCGGACCCCGUCACGGACGCGACCGCCGACCUCGCCAUUUUUCUCCUCCUUGGUGCCUUGCGGCAACUCAAUCCAGCAAUCUUCUCCCUUCGAAACGGCAACUUCAAGACAGGAAUAGAUUUCGGACAUGAUCCUCAAGGCAAAACGCUCGGAGUUCUGGGAAUGGGGCGUAUCGGCAGAGCAGUGAAAAGACGUGCGGAGCCUUUUGGGAUGAAAACGAUUUAUCACAAUCGGAACAAACUGAAUGAAGAUGACGCUGCUGGUGCAGAGUAUGUGUCAUUUGGGAGGUUGCUUGGGGAGAGUGAUAUCAUCUCUGUUCAUGUGCCGUUGAAUUCAAGGACCAAGCACUUGAUUGGCGAACAGGAGAUCCAGAAGAUGAAAGAUGGUGUUGUUAUCGUGAAUACAGCGCGUGGUGCAGUUAUUGAUGAAGCUGCUAUGACUGCUGCUUUGGAAGCGGGAAAGAUUGCGGCCGUGGGGUUGGAUGUGUAUGAGCGGGAGCCUGAGAUCAACCAAAUCCUGGCGAAGAAUAGCCGUGCUUUGUUGAUACCGCACUUGGGUACUCAUACUACGGAGACUCUUGCAAAGAUGGAGACUUUGGCGAUGGAGAAUGCGAGGAGGGGAUGUUUGGGGGAGUCGCUGUUGACAGUUGUGGCUGAACAGCUUGAGAAAGCCGGGGCGCUGACGAAUGAACAUUAAUGAGUUGAGGUUCAUGAUAUUCCUCUCAUUUGUUAAUAUCCAUUCUUGGACAAAUUGAAAUAUUUUAACGUUUUCUGAUAUUUUUUGCACACAAUAACGAACAAGAAGAAUUUAAAACUCAUGGUGCGAAUGGACUCGAGCCACUUGAUGUUCAAAAUCUAGCCGCUUCCCCACGUCAGAUUUUUCUCACACACCCACCCCAAUCUUCAAAAGCGCAAUAAAGACUGAGAUGAUCACAAGUUAGCUGCUCUCCGCAGACUAAAAACUACCCGGGGAACGUUUGCCGGCGGGGAUGCGAACUCGGAGAUCAACGGAGGAUCGACUUCAACGUAGAUUUUCUCUCCAUUGAGAUAAAACAACACAACAAGUCCAUAGCGCCUUCAAAGUUGUACACCACUUGACUUGACCAUCCGAAGUCUCACAAUAAUUUCCACUCCACCAAACAUCCAAACAUGCCGAAAGUA